AUGGACGGCCUGCGGCAGCGCUUCGAGCGCCUUCUGGAACAGAGGAACUUGGCUACCGAAGCGCUAGGGGCUCUCGAAGCCAAGACAGGUGUCGACAAGCGGUACCUGGCCGCGGGAGCCGCCACUCUCCUAAGCCUGUAUCUUCUCUUCGGCUUCGGGGCGUCUCUACUGUGCAAUGUAAUCGGCUUUGUGUACCCAGCAUAUGCGUCAAUCAAAGCAAUCGAGAGCCCAAGCAAAGACGACGACACUGUGUGGCUCACCUACUGGGUGGUGUACGGCCUGUUCGGGCUGGCCGAGUUCUUCAGCGAUCUACUCCUGUCCUGGUUCCCUUUCUACUACGCGGGCAAGUGCGCCUUCCUGUUGUUCUGCAUGCUGCCCGGGCCUUGGAACGGGGCGCACAUGCUGUAUCAUCGCGCCAUUCGUCCGCUCUUUCUAAAGCAUCACGAGGCCGUGGACAGCGUCGUGAGAGAGUUCAGCGGGCGAGCUCUGGACGUGGCAGUGGGAAUAACCCGGGACGUCCUGCAGACCCUGGCCCGCGGCCGGGCUCUCGUCACCCCCACAGCUGCCCUGGGAGCUGACCCCAAAGCAAGCGUGAGUCUGCUCCAGAAGGACAAGUGAAGGCCUCGCCCAGCGUGUCCACACAGCUGCUGGCUGGCGAGCUGGGGGGCACACGCCAGCCCAAGUCGUCCACGGAUUCCUCGGCGCACUCCCGGGUGGGG